GCGCGCCCACAUACGCACCUGAUAAACUGAUAUUCUUUUGGAAAAUAGUUUUUGUGUAUCAUUCGAUUUUGGAUCCAUGAAUGAUGACGAUGAUGAUGAUGAUGAUGGUAUUGAUCGUAAUGGUGUCAACGGUGAUGAUUGUGAUAUAAUGACUUUGUAAUCAAAAUAAGAUUCCAGAACAUUUCUGUGGCUUUUCUAUCCAGGAUAACGGUUCAAAGGUUUAAAACGUGAAAUCCGUUACGUCUACAGAAUGAGGAUAGAAAAUUUCAACGAAGGUUCUCCCGUGUCACUUGAUUGGCUGGAUGACUUUUACGUCCCCAGCGGCUACGAAUCAGCAGACUGGAUCUGUUCUCCACUGCCAUUGGUCAGUUCGCCCGAUUCGACAGGAAGUUCUCCCAGAUCGUCUGCAUCCUCAUCUCCACCCAUGAAGUUCACGAUGGGGAAUUUCAGCGACAGUUCCAUCGACUCGUUGAACUGGAUGGAGGACUCGUACGUGCCCAGUGGAUACGACUCGGAAGUGGAUUCCAUCGGCUCCUCUUCUUCGGUAGUCAACUCGUCGUCCGACUCUGGGAUCGAUUCGCCGAAACCCUCAACACAAUCUUCCUCGACAACAACAUCCUCGUCGACGACAUCAUCAUCAUCCUCGCCCGCCAUGCUGCCACCAUGUCGCGUCUGCGGAGAGAAGGCAUCGGGUUUUCACUACGGCGUUAACACUUGCGAGGCCUGCAAGGGGUUUUUCCGGCGAAGUUUACAGCGGAACGACAAGUACCGGUGUACAGGGUCUGGGCGGUGUGUCAUUGGACCAGGACGCAGGAACGCCUGCCCCUCGUGUCGGUACAAGAAAUGUGUGCUCGUUGGGAUGUCCAAGUCAGCUAUAAAAACUGGACGCUAUACACACGAGAAAAGGACACAAGACAUACUGGAAGUUAAAAAACUACGAGUCUUUCAAAUUCCGAAGACAACCGAGUUGAUUCCGGUCGUCCCUCGACCAAUAGGAAACAACGUGGAACUCUCCGGUCUCAUCAACAUCAUUAUUGACGCCCACAACAGAUACGUCAGAUCGACGUCAUAUGUGGCCGAUGACGUGCUGCAGCAGACGCAGAAAGCCUAUUAUGAUCAAUACAUGCUGAAGCAGGAGAUGUUCGGCGAGAUGCGCCCGCUGCCGAGUCACGAGUACUACGAGAUCUACCAGACGACGGGCAUCGACGUGGACAACCGCCAGGACAUGAUCCACUCGUUCGCCAAAAACAUGGAGGAGGGCGUCAGGAGAUACAUUAACUUCGCCAAACUCAUCCCGGGCUUCGCCGAGCUCUCCGUAACGGACCAGUCAAAUCUGAUUAAAUCUUCCCGGUUCGAGUUUUGGUUCCUCGGCAAUUUCCGUGGCUAUAACAGGGACCUGGCUGUUGUGACAUUCCCCAGCGGUAACACUGUCCACAAGCAGGAAAUGUGGCGCUUGUGGGAAAAAGCUUACGUCAACGGUUGCUUCGAUUUUGCAGAGUCUCUCAAACGACUAAACCUCUCCCCAGACGAAUAUGUCCUCAUUAAAAGUAUCUCCGUGUUGUUUACUGAUCGUUGCGAUCUAAGCAACCCAGACAAGGUUGCGGACAUGCAGUGGAAGGUUAUACAGUGCCUGAUGUUCCUGCUGUACACCAACCACCCAAAGGAGCCCGGUCUGUUUGCCCGGAUCAUGGACCGCCUCACCGCGCUGCGAGACCUCACGGAGUGGAACCAGAGACUCUUCCGCAACAUCACCGUGCUGCCGACCUUCCAAAGAAGUCCACUGCUCGUUGAAAUGCUUACCACUUAAAGAAACAAACUCCAAAACAUUUUCUUCCUUCGCUUUGCUGCUUCGCUUCAUUGUCUGCAAGUAAGAAAUUAAAUCUGGUGUCAGUGCAAGAACGGGUUGCCCACCAAGAUUACUCGUGAUACCUGACAACCCGUGUACGAAAAGGGUCGCGAAAUGAGGAAACAAAACGUUACGUCGAAUAGGGACAAGUACCCAACGAGUCUUGUUCCUUGUACGCAACGUGAAGUAUUAAACUGGAGUUGCAGGAGGGAUACACCAAUUGGUCAUGACAAGAAAGGAUGCCAAAAGCAGACGAGUAGCUAGUAUUGCUGCGUUUUAACCCAGAAGAAUAAGAUUAAAACUACAGGACGAAUCACCAAAUGGGUAUAAUACCGCAGGACCUUUCAAAGUGUAUGUAGACCAAGGACGAAACUUGAUCCAGCAACUACCAACUACCAAGUCGUCUUGUUGCCAUUUGCCAAGGACAGCAUUAAACUAAUUAUUGCAGGAAGAAAUACAAAAUGGUAUAUGCAAACGCGCCACAUUAUAAUUAUUAUUAUAAAAUAAUAAUUAUAUUAUAGUAAAAGACAUAAAGCCAUACAAUAGCAGACCAUGUGGCUAUCGCAUUUCAUUCCUUUUUAAGAAAAGAGAUUUAUCACUGGAGUCUUAAUGGUAUAACCACAUGGACCAUUUGAUCUUCGAACGCCCAAAGACGUUGUUGUUGUUGUUUUUGCAAAAGAGAUUGCGAUGUUUACUUUUACACUAUGUAUUGUAUGUAUAUAGUACUGUUACGUGUAUUUAAUACAUGAUAGGAACAUUUUCCUAAAAUUCUGGAAUAUUUGCUUCAACACAUGUAUGUAUAUAGUAUUGACGCCAUUCCUGGAACACUAUUAGGGACGAGGGCAAAACCCUAUGGGUCCACUGUGAAGGGGAUCUAUCUUGGGGACGAAUCUAGAAUUAUGAGAAAAAGGUUUGCUGGCAGACCCACAUAUUUCACUAAGCUAUACUUUACUUGGCAGCUCAAGGGGGGAGGGCGAGGUUUAAACCCCCUAACCCCCAGGAUCGGCCACUGCGAUUCUACGACCCAAUCAUCCCUGGAAAAUGCCAGUAUUUUUUUGUUGGAAAAUGAAGUUAACUGAUCACCAUUGUUCACUUUUUAACACUCAAGGCCUACAACAUACGUCAUUUCGGAUAGUUUAAUGCACGGACUGAAUGUUCGCUUCGACGUAGUCUGUUCGUGUGUAUUGGCUGAUUUCAUUAACUCAUGAAGAAAAUUAAUUAAAAUUUGUGUUAAAAUGAAGGGAAGGAAAUUGUACAGGGUGGGGUGGGGUCUAGACUGUGGUGCAUAGGCGUACGGGCUCCCAUUUUUGCAGGGGGGAGGGGGAGGGGAGCAGGUUGAUUUUUGCCCGAAUUAAAUGAAAAUGCCCUAAUCUGGAUUACAACAUUUAUUUAUAUUAGCAUUACUGCCAAACCGUUAUAUAGGGUUGCAUACGAAUCACUGAGCAUUCUUUACAUGUGGAUUACAACUAAUUUUGUGGGUAGAAUGAUGGAAAUAUAUUGUGAAAACGUGUCAGGCUACCUCAUUUUGCCCGAAUAUCAAUAUUUUCCCCCCGAAUUUAAGGAUUUUCUCCUGUCACCCCCACCCCCCCCCCCCCCCCCCCCCCCCUCCCGUCUCGUAUGCGUAUGCUAUGGCAAGCGAGGUUUUAAAGGUGUCGAGUCAUGCUCCGGCGAAACAACAAAAUAAGUAAAUAUUCAGUACAAGUGUAUAUAUGUGUAAACCAUUAUUUCGCAUAUUAUUAGACAAACUUUAGUGACUUAGGUUGAAGGCUUGAAGAAUGUAUAGCACAAGUGUAUAUUGGUGUCAACCUUUAUUUCGCAUAUUAGACCAACCUCAGUAACUUAGGUUGAAGGCUGGAAGGCUCUAUAGCACAAGUGUAUAUUGGUGUCAACCUUUAUUUCGCAUAUUAGACCAACCUCAGUAACUUAGGUUGAAGGCUGGAAGGCUCUAUAGCACAAGUGUAUAUUGGUGUCAACCUUUAUUUCGCAUAUUAGACCAACCUCAGUAAUUUAGGUUGAAAGCUGGAAGGCUCUAUAGCACAAGUGUUUAUUGGUGUAAACCUUUAUUUCACAUAUUAGACCAACCUCACUAACUUAGGUUGAAAGCUGGAAGAAUGUAUAACACAAGUGUAUGUUAUUGGUGUACAUCUUUAUUUCGCAUAUUAGACCAACCUCACUAACUUAGGUUGAAAGCUUGAAGAAUGUAUAACACAAGUGUAUGUUAUUGGUGUACAUCUUUAUUUCGCAUAUUAGACCAACAUCACUAACUUAGGUUGAAAGCUUGAAGAAUGUAUAACACAAGUGUAUGUUAUUGGUGUAUAUCUUUAUUUCGCAUAUUACACCAACCUCGGUGACAUAGCCUGACGGCGUGAAGAAUGUAUAGCACAAGUGUAUGUUAUUGGUGUACAUCUUUAUUUCACAUAUUAGAUCAACCACAGUGAGUUAGGUUGAAGGCUUGAAGACUGUAUAACACAAGUAUAUAUUGGUGUACAUCUUUAUUUCGCAUAUUAGACCAACCUCAGUGACUUGGGUUGAAGGCUUGAAGAAUGGACAUGUAUUACGAACUUCGCAAUAUUGUUAUUAUUUAUUUUUGUACAUUAUACACGUUUCAAUGUUCCAUGAAAUACAUGACGUAGACCUAACAAAAUAAAUACACAUGUACAUGUAGAUAUAUAUAUAUAUAUAUAUAUAUAUAUAUAUAUAUAUAUAAUGCAUUCUGAUGACAU